AGUUUCUUUCUGUGCCGUUGGGGGAAGCUGAGGAGGUGGCGAGGCUAGACGGGGCCUGGCCUGGCGGUGCCGUGGCUGGAGAGCGCUUAGUUGAGUUCCUGGAGGGGGGAGAUUGGGGCAGCACUAGGGGCUUAGACCGAGAGAGAAUCUCUCGGCGCCUCCGCCGCCACCACGGCCACGAUGCUCAAUAUGUGGAAGGUCCGGGAGCUGGUGGAUAAGGCCACCAAUGUUGUUAUGAAUUAUUCAGAAAUCGAGUCUAAGGUUCGAGAAGCAACCAAUGAUGAUCCAUGGGGACCUUCAGGGCAGCUCAUGGGAGAGAUUGCCAAGGCUACCUUUAUGUAUGAACAGUUUCCUGAACUCAUGAAUAUGCUUUGGACACGAAUGUUAAAAGAUAACAAAAAGAACUGGAGGAGGGUAUAUAAGUCUCUGCUGCUCCUAUCUUACCUCAUAAGGAAUGGAUCAGAGCGUGUUGUUACAAGUGCCAGAGAACACAUUUAUGAUUUGCGAUCCCUGGAAAAUUACCACUUUGUAGAUGAGAAUGGCAAAGACCAAGGUAUAAAUAUUCGUCAGAAGGUGAAAGAAAUGGUAGAAUUUGCCCAGGAUGAUGAUAGGCUUCGUGAAGAAAGAAAAAAGGCAAAGAAAAACAAAGAUAAAUAUAUUGGGGUUUCUUCCGACAGUGUUGGAGGAUUCAGAUAUAGUGAAAGAUAUGAUGCUGAGCCUAAGUCAAAGUGGGAUGAAGAAUGGGAUAAAAGCAAAACUGGGUUUCCCUUCAGUGAUAAACUAGGUGAGCUGAGUGACAAGAUUGGAAGCACAAUUGAUGACACCAUCAGCAAGUUCCGAAGGAAAGACCGAGAGGAUUCUCCUGAAAGAUGCAGUGAUAGCGAUGAGGAAAAGAAAUCUAGAAGAGGUAAAUCCCCAAAAGGUGAAUUUAAAGACGAAGAGGAGACAGUGACGACAAAACACAUUCAUAUUACACAAGCUACAGAGACCACCACCACCAGACACAAACGCACAGCAAAUCCUUCCAAAACCAUUGACCUGGGAGCAGCUGCUCAUUACACAGGAGACAAAGCAAGUCCAGACCAAAAUUCUGCAGCUCAUACACCACAGUCUACAGCAAAGGUUCCAGGCAGCAGAUCAUCUAAUGACCUGGUUGAUCUUUUGUUUGAUGGUGCAGAUCAGUCAGUCUCAACAGGUGGAUCCACUGACCCCUUUGGAGGGUUUGCUGACUUCAGUUCUGAAAGUUGUCCCCCUUCACAAGGUACAGCUCCAAGUGGGAAUGGAGAGUUUGGUGACUGGAGUGCCUUCAACCAAGCCCCUUCCACUGGAGAGCUCUUCAGUGGCCCUGCUCAGCCAGCUGUUGAGCUCUUCAGUGGCCCUGCUCAGCCGAGUGUUGGCCAGCCUCCAGUAGCUUCAAAUUCUGCUGACCUCUUUGAUUUGAUGGGUUCCUCCCAAGCCACCAUGACCUCCUCCCAAAGCAUGAAUUUCUCUAUGAUGGGUUCCAAUACUGUCAGCCUGAAUCUACCCAUGUCAAGGUCACAGCCUUUGCAAAAUGUUAACCCGAUGAUACAGAAGCCUAACCCACUUUAUAAUCUGGGCACAGAGAUGGUCCAGAAAAAUGCAAGCAAGACUCUGCCAUCCACCUGGUCAGACCCUAGUGUAAAUAUCAGUUUGGACAAUUUAGUUCCUGGUAUGCAACCUUCUAAGCCCCAACAACCCUCACUGAAUACAAUGAUUCAGCAACAAAAUAUGCAACAGCCUAUGAAUGUGAUGAAUCAAAGUUUUGCAGCCUUGAGCCUCAACUCGCCACCCAGCAUGAUGCCUGUUCGAGGGCCUGUUCCCAUGGGAAUGCCUACUGCGAUGACUGGCACAAUGGGCAUGGCUUCCAUAGGAGGCACACCUAUGAUGGGAAUGAAUGUGAACAUGACAAUGCCUGCUUCUGGAAUGGGUUUGCCAGGUGCAAUGGGUGUGGGUGUUCCUAAUAUAGCUAUGGCAUCUGCCAUGACUCCUGGAACUGUGCAACCUAAGCAAGAUGCCUUUGCAAAUUUUGCCAAUUUUAGCAAAUAGAUUGUAAACCAAUCAGUCAGAGAGAAUGAAGGAUUUUAGCUGCACAAAUAAAGCUGGGAUAAGGGUGGAAAAUGCUGAUCAAUUUUUUUCCCCUUUUUGCUUUUAUCACUUACUUUCAAGGAGGCCACAUAAAGAACCCAAAGGUUGUUUUGUAAACUCUGAAACUAGUAUUGUUCAGGUUUUGGUGAGCUUCAAGGUUCUUCCAGUGAAAUGAGUCAAAUAGCUGAUAUUUGUAAUGACUAAACCUUGCUAUUGUGACUAGACAAUUAAAAGCCUUUCUAGAGGCAGAACCAGUUUUAACUUUGAAAGUUGUGUAAAGUCUGGGAUUUAGAGGGCUGGGUAAAUCUGUGUGAAUCUAAUUUUAUACUUGCUUUCUUUUUUCCCUCUUGAAAUCUGUUUAUCGUAAUUGGAUCCAUUCCUUUUCCUACCACUGAGUCAAAUUUGAAGUCAAAGUAUGCUGAUCAAUUUUUAUAAGAAUAUCUAUUUUUGUCCAAAAAUGGCUUACAUAUGUGAUUAUGGCUAAUUCAAAGGGACCUGGAAUGUAUAUAUACUUUUGCUACUCUUCCAGCAAGACUGCUAUACUAUCCAAAUUUUUAUUAUAGACUUCUUUAAGCAAUUUGCAUAUGGGUAAGGAUUGUGAAGAGUUUCCUGCUUCUUUCUCCUGUCAUAUCCAAUGCAGAACUGGUAGAAGCUUCAUCCAGAGCUGCUAUAUGGUUUCUGUUCAGAGAACUCAACAGAAAAAAAAUUAUAUAUAUAUAUAUAUAUGGUUGGGAUUUGUUUGGGGUGUUCCUUUUCUGCAGUCCUACUUCAUUGAUAACUGGCAUAAUUCAGAUCACUCUUUGGGCCACUGUUACACCUCUGACAGGCAAAAGACAAAAAUCGUUAUUUUUUUCCUUGAAACUUCACAAAGAAGAAGCAACUGCAUCUUUUAAGUUAACAGUAAACACCUCUAAACCUCUUGUUAAUACUACAGCAUUGGAUUUUAGAUUUAUACACUUGGUGAAUACGUUUCUCUUAUGUAAAUAUGGCCUUAGCAA